ACCAGGGAAUGACCCCUCUGAUGUACUCCUGUGUGAGAGGGGAUGAAGCCAUGGUCCAGAUGCUGCUUGACGCUGGAGCCGACAUCAACAGUGAGGUCAGUGAUGAUGACAACACAAUGUUGUGUAGAAUGAUUUGUGUGUAGCCUGAUCCCAGAUCUGUUUGUGCUGUCUUGCCAACUCAUCUGGUCAUUUUGAUGUUGUGACAAGACAGCACAAAUAUAUCUGGGAUCAGGCUAAUUUAUGUGGUGUGAGACAAGAGAAAACCCAGGUUGUGUUGUCCCUCAUCUGUCCCCACUCCUCCUCUCCUGUUGCCAUGCUGUCUGUAUAGUGUGUAAAAGGUCAUUAUUAUGAGGCACGGGCCACCAUACUGUUUACUAUACAAAAUAUAAUUAAACACAAUUUACAAUGUAAUUACACAGAUACAACUGUAAGCUCACCUUUUAGCUGUACCUUUGAUACGAAGAAUGAUAAAGAGAACGUUAAAUACUGUACUAAUAUUUUUGAGUCAUUUCUCAAGGAGCCCCUGGUAAGCUUAGGGGGUUCUUUGGUUGUAGCCUACUUACAUGUAAUGGUGACCUAUGCCUGUUGGUCCUAGCCUUGGCUAAUCACCUCAUGCAUGUGUAACCCACCAGCCAUCACGCCAGAGUUCAUGUCAGCUAUAAUAGUGAUAAACCCCAGAACAAAGUACUCAACACAACAUCCCAUGAGGCUGAAAACUCGUUAUUUUGACAGCUCAUUAUCAUGCUCAUUAUCAUACUCAUUAUCAUCGCAGUGAGGUCAUAACUUUUUGUUAAUGCAGCAAUGAUUCAUCUCAAUAAAGUUAAAUGGAGCAUGUGACUGAUUUGAUUGAUUAGGAAGUUUGUUGCUUCCAGUUUUUCCAGUAUUUCUGAAGCACACACACACCAGUCAAAUAGAUUAAACAUUAAUUAAAAAUGUUACUUCUGCCUCUGUGUAUCCUCAGAGUAAUUAAGGAAAAGUUAAUUAAAGUAAAGUAAAUUUGAGGAAAGUAAAUUAGAGAAAAGUUUGAAACGAGUCUCUUUGCUUCAGAGGCUCUGUGAGAUUCUCGAGGGAAUAUGAGUUUGUGUGCUUCGUUCACGGGUCUCUGCUCACAGCCUCACAUUCAUGUGCUCCCAGUUGGUGUCUCAGCCCCUAACUGACUGUCUGCCUGAGAGGAGAUGUUGUCUAGUUACUGAGGUCACCUUAGGUCAGCCUUGGACUCAGAGUCACGUCUAUCCCUGCCAGACAGACCAGGGCUGGAACAGAGUGGAAAGUUUAAAGUAUCAAAGAGGACUACAGGACUAAGCGGGACAAGACAGAACUAGACAGAACUAGACAGAACUAGACAGAACUAGAUGGAAUCUAUUGAGUUGGUUAGAAACAAGUCAGGCUAUUGUGUGCAGGAUGUCCGCUUUUGCUAGUUACCUCAGGGUCGUAUUCAUUAGAGCAAGCAACAGACAACAUUUUUGAAAGGUUUCCCAAUGGAAAACAGAAAUGAAAGUUUCUUAUUGGACAAGUCCAAGUAAGCCUUCCUGUUUCAGUAUGUUUUAUUCUGUUUGGUGCCUAAUGAAUACGACCAAGCUCUCCUUUAGAUUCCACCCUUUAGCUGCUUGUCUUUGCUGCAUAGACUAGCAUUUUAAUGGCUUUAUAUCUCUCUCCCCUGAACCUCCCCAAUGACUUCCCAGGUGCCAAACACAGUGCACAAGCACCCCUCAGUCAACCCCGAAACGCGUCUGGGGACACCACUCACUUUCGCCGUGUUACACGGACAUGUCCCUGUCGUGCAGGUAGUGACGUCAUCCUUUUUCACCUCACUGUGUUUUAUGUCUGUUCACCUCUCAUUGUGUCAUGCAGGGUGGCGGUUAAUUCAGGAAAUUCAGAAAAUUCAGGAAGUUAACAAAAAAUAAAAUAAUUUGAAAAGCAUUGAGAAAAAUUGGAAUUGGAAGUUUGGCUUACUUCCUGAAUUGACUGAAUUGAAAUGGAAUUGACCCCAAUCCUGGUGUCAUGGUUAUUAUUAUCAUGACUUGUAAAUGGUAAUAAUAACGGCUAAAAUGUGUUUUCUCCUUAAUCCUAAGUAUGUUGUCUCUAUUGAAUGUUAUUGAAUGCUGAGUGAACUGAGCUUGAAAACUCAAUGGAAACUGGUUAAAAUGGAAACACUCAAUACAUUUAGGAGUGUUUGUCCCAUUUUAUUGUCAGAGAAGUACGAGCUGAUUCUCUACUUCCUCCUUUCAGUGUGCACGUGGCACACACUGCAUUAACCUAGUGGAAACAGGACAAUCUGUUUGUCCCCGUUGCUAAUGGUUAUCAAGCACAAUGGACCAACAUCGCAAUGAUUUUUCCACUGAACUGCUAGAACUAAUUAGUUCUACAUCUCAGAUGAAAAGGUGUAGCAGCACUUUUUCCACAGCCUCAUGGAGGGUUUUCUGGAAGGACAUGGAAAUCACAUGGGCUGAAAGCAGAAAAACACCAUUUGUGGUUGAAUAAAUGCACAUUUAGUUUUUGGGGUAGAACCCUCCCUAAGCUGCCUCACCCCUGCCCUCCAUAGCUGCUCCUGGAUGCCCGGGCAAACGUAGAGGGCUCCCUACAGGAUGGCAUGGAGAACUACACAGAGACCCCACUACAGCUGGCCUCCGCUGCAGGUACACUACUGGAAUAGCAAGUUGCCUUUUUCUCUAGAAGAUCUAGCAUACACAUGCACACACACACAGACACCUAGCAGGUAUAGGCACACUAGCGGAGAUGUUCACACAUAAACACACACCUACAGCCUCAUGCCCACAUUCAUGGAUAGACACACACAUGCACUCAACAUCAGCAAUAAACCACCUUCAUACACACAUUUUCAGCUCAACUUGACCCUCAACUAAUGUAUUUACCUCUUCCCCAGGUAACUUUGAGCUGGUCAGUUUGCUGUUGGAGAGAGGAGCAGACCCCAUGGUGGGAACCGUGUAUCGUAACGGCAUCUCUACUGCCCCUCAGGGAGACAUGAACUCCUACAGUCUAGCUGCAGCACACGGACACAGGUAACACUCACUACACUCACAACACACGACGUGAGUAAGAAACUAUAGGUAGAGAGAAAACAUCUCUCUCUCUCUCUCUCUCUCUCUCUCUCUCUCUCUCUCUCUCUCUCUCUCUCUCUCUCUCUCUCGCAUGCGUACGUGCGAACACACACACCCCCCCUCCCACACACACACGUCACCAUACAUUUAACAUCAUCAAUGCAUUAUCACUACAUUAUCACCACUAUCACUACUAUCACAUAUCUCUGUCUGCUAUCCUCCCUGUAAAGGAACGUGUUCCGUAAGCUGCUGUCCCAGACAGAGAAGGGGAAAGGGGACGUGCUGUCUCUGGAGGAGAUCCUUGCCGAGGGGACAGAGGAAGAGAGGGGCCUGGAGGAGAGGAACCCCUCCCAGCUGGACCUGGUCCGGACAGGCAAGGCCAAGCUCAAGGCCCUGAAAGAGGCCAUGUACCACAGCUCUGAACACGGACACGUGGAUAUCACCAUUGACAUACGCAGCCUGGGUUAGUACAUACUUUAGUAACACUUUAUUGGGAUAGUCCAUCUACAGUAUAUAGAGUGCCUUGCAAAAGUAUUCAUCCCCUUUGGUGUUUUUCCUAUUUUGUUGCAUUACAACCUAUAAUUUAAAUGGAUUUUUAUUUGGAGUUCAUGUAAUGGACAUACACAAAAUAGUCAAAAUUGGUGAAAUUAUUUUUUAAAUAAUUUUUUUAUUAUAAAUAAUAAAUAACGGAAAAGUGGUGCGUGCAUAUGUAUUCACCCCCUUUGCUAUGAAGCCCCUAAAUAAGAUCUGGUGCAAUCAAUUACCUUCAGAAGUCACAUAAUUAGUUAAAUAAAGUCCACCUGUGUCAAUCUAAGUGUCACAUGAUCUGUCACAUGAUCUCAGUAUAUAUACACCUGUUCUGAAAGGCCCCAGAGUCUGCAACACCACUAAGCAAGGGGCACCACCAAGCAAGCGGCACCAUGAAGACCAAGGAGCUCUCCAAACAGGUCAGGGACAAAGUUGUGAAGAAGUACAGAUCAAGGUUGGGUUAAAAAAAAAUAUCUGAAACUUUGAACAUCCCCAGAGCACCAUUAAAUCCAUUAUAAAAAAAUUGAAAGAAUAUUGCACCAAAACAAACCUGCCAAGAGAGGGCCGCCCACCAAAACUCACAGACCAGGCAAGGAGGGCAUUAAUCAGAGAAGCAACAAAGAGACCAAAGAUAACCCUGAAGGAGCUGCAAAGCUCCACAGCGGAGAUUGGAGGGCUUUAUGGAUUGGGCUUUAUGGAAGAGUGGCCAGAAAAAAGCCAUUGCUUAAAGAAAAAAAUAUGCAAACACGUUUGGUGUUCGCCAAAAGCCACGUGGGAGACUCCCUAAACAUAUGGAAGAAGGUACUCUGGUCAGAUUAGACUAAAACUGAGUUUUUUGGCCAUCAAGGAAAACGCUAUGUCUGGCACAAACCCAACACCUCUCAUCACCCCGAGAACACCAUCCCCACAGUAAAGCAUGGUGGUGGCAGCAUCAUGCUGUGGGGAUGUUUUUCAUCGGCAGGGACUGGGAAACUGGUCAGAAUUGAAGGAAUUAUGGAUGGCGCUAAAUACAGGGAAAUUCUUGAGGGAAACCUGUUUCAGUCUUCCAGAGAUUUACAUUUAUUUGAGACUGGGACGGAGGUUCACCUUCCAGCAGGACAAUGACCCUAAGCAUACUGCUAAAGCAACACUCAAGUGGUUUAAGGGGAAACAUUUAAAUAUCUUGGAAUGGCCUAGUCAAAGCCCAGACCUCAAUCCAAUUGAAAAUCUGUGGUAUGACUUAAAGAUUGCUGUACACCAGCGGAACCCAUCGAACUUGAAGGAGAUGGAGCAGUUUUUCCUUGAAAAAUUGACAAAAAUCCCAGUGGCUAGAUGUGCCAAGCUUAUAGAGACAUACCCCAAGAGACUCGCAGCUGUAAUUGCUGCAAAAGGUGGCACUACAAAGUAUUGAAUAGUUAUGCACGCUCAAGUUUUCAGUUUUUUUGUCUUAUUACUUGUUUGUUUCACAAUAAAAAAUAUUUUGCAUCUUCAAAGUGGUAGGCAUGUUGUGUAAAUCAAAUUAUACAAACCCCCCAAAAAAUCCAUUUUAAUUCCCGGUUGUAAGGCAACAAAAUAGGAAAAAUGCCAAGUGGGGUGAAUACUUUCGCAAGCCACUGUAGUAUAGAUCAGUGGUGACUGGUGGCACUUUAACUCAGAGGACAGGUUAAUGGCUGGAAUGGACUUAAUGGAUGGUAUCAAACAUAUCAAACACAUGGUUUCCAUGCAUUUGAUACCAUUCCAUUUAUUCCAUUCCAGACAUUACUAUGAGCCGUCCUCCCAUCACCAGCCUCCUCUGGUAUAGAGGCUCAAUAAACUAGAUCAGAUCAGUAACAUGUCGAGUUGCCAACUGCAUGUCUGUGGACUUGCAACAGGGAACGAUAUAUAGACGUUCACCUCAUCAACCAUGGACUUAGUUUCAGGUCAACUGCAUAUUUGUAAACAACAUGUACAUUCUUUAGGUCUUCACAAUGCAGUAAUUACAGUAUAGAUCUGCGCAGCCUUUUGUCAGUAUAAUAGAUAUACAUUCAGGUCUGACCCUAUACAUUUUAAUCUAAGAGAUCCAUAUAGCCGGGGUCAUUCGUUUUUCAUUCCAGUCAAAUGAAGCUAACUGUGUUGUUGUUGUUGUUGGUCCAAUGGAAUGAAGGCCGGCUGUUUGUGUAACAACCUUGCGUUUUUGCCUUUUGUCUCCUCAUUGCACUGAGCUCUGUUAGUGUGUUCUCACUUCAAUCACCCACACAUCACCCACAUAAAGCCUGUAUUAUAGUUAUUAUAGUUUUAUUGACAACAUACAUUACUGGCAAUAUUAACAAUGGCAAUCAUUGUAGGCAGGCGGGAGGAGUUGGAAGCAGGCAGGAACAUUCUAGCUAAUGAAAUGGCAGAUUUACAUGUGAACAACAGGCACAACUUCGAUAUAAAAUGUAUUUUCUCAACGUUGGCGGGAUGUCAAGUGUGUGUGUAGAUGUAAACAUCUCUGUGUGUGUAUGUAUCUCAGGAGUCCCCUGGACGCUGCACACCUGGCUGGAGUCUCUGCGGACGUGUUUCCUGCAGCACCGGAGACCACUGAUCCAGGGGCUGCUCAAGGAGUUCAGCUGUAUCGAGGAGGAGGAGUACACACAGGAGCUCAUCACCCACGGACUGCCACUCUUGUUUCAGAUCCUACGAGCCAGCAAGGUGACUGGAUAUCAUGGCCUGUAUUCAAAAAGUGUCUCAGACAAUUGCUGAUCUAGGAUCAGGUCCCCUCUCUUAUUCAUUAUAAUGUUUAAGGCAACAUUUAUUUGAGCACAUAUCUAACUUUCUACAUUCUGCUUUUUUCCGUAUCCACAUUGGGAAAUUGGUUGCAUUGGGAAAUUGGUCACAUAAAAAAUAAACGUAGAUGUAAGAGGAAUUUCAGAGGGGAAUGUGAAGCAUGUUGUCAGAUCCCAACACGCCAUCGCUCUCCAUCCCCUGUUCUUCUAUACCUCCAUAUCUGUCUCCUUUUCUCUCCUGACAGUGAAGAUAGCUUCACGGUCAUACCCUUAAGAAGGAACCUAUGGAUCUUCUUAUUUCCCUUUAUAUAAACAUGGCCCACUCGCUUGGCUCAGUCUCCUCUGCGUUCCUAUGAGCCCUGGUCAAAGGUAGUACACUAAAAUAGGGAAUAGGGUGCCAUUUGGAACACAACCUAUUUGUCUUAUUGUGAUUAUAUAAUGCAGCCCUCAGCUCCACAAUAACUGGCGGAACCCCCCAGGCCCAAUCCAUUUAAAUUAGUGCAUUGAUUUAUGAUUUAUGCCCUCCGCUUCUAAAUUGUACCCAUUCUUCAAACCCCACCCGUCUCUCUUUAUCCCAUCAAGAUUCACUGCAGCAUUAGAUCCAACAUAAUAUCUCAAUAAUAUAUUAUAACAGUAGAAUGCCUUUUCUUCUAUAUCAACUAACUUUUGGCCUGUCAUGUAGUUGAGUUUGUGCAUUAUUGCUGAGAGGGAGCAGAUGAACACACACAUGUGCAUGGGCACUCACACACACCCAUGCACACCCACGCACACACAUACAUACACACACAUACACACACAUGCACAUACACACACAGUUAUGUGGACUCUCGUGGACACACACGGACACAAACACAGACGAACGUACAAACACACACACACACACAGAGCCCCCGCCACACACCGCCCUCUCCUGUCCCAUUCCAGCGGCUGCCCUUGUCCCUGUCAGGGUUGAUCUAUGGCGGAGGCAGUGAUGCCAUCUCUAUGAGACGCCAGGGACCCCCGUCACUGUUUGUCCUGUCAUAUUCCCGCUAAUAAUGUGUGACUUCAAGGUAGAGAACGUUCAUCUUCCUCUAGCCAGACUGUGUGUGUGUGUACCAGUCUAUUCACACCUCCUUGCUUAACACACACACACACACACACACACACACAAAGGGCAGGCUGAUGCACAACAGAGAGUAACACAGAGAAGAUGUGUAUGUUUUCCUGUUCAGGAUGUGAAAUGAGAAAUGGGGACUUGUUCUAUACAAGGGACUUGUUCUAUACAUGGGACUUGUUCUAUACAAGGGACUUGUUCUAUACAUGGGACUUGUUCUAUACAAGGGACUUGUUCUAUACAGGGGACUUGUUCUAUACAAGGGACUUGUUCUAUACAGGGGACUUGUUCUUUACAGGGGACUUGUUCUAUACAGGGGACUUGUUCUAUACAAGGGACUUGUUCUAUACAUGGGACUUGUUCUAUACAAGGGACUUGUUCUAUACAUUGGACUUGUUCUAUACAAGGGACUUGUUCUAUACAGGGGACUUGUUCUAUACAAGGGACUUGUUCUAUACAGGGGACUUGUUCUGUACAAGGGACUUGUUCUAUACAAGGGACUUGUUCUAUACAUGGGACUUGUUCUAUACAAGGGACUUGUUCUAUACAGCGCACCGGUCCCCUCCCUUCCCCCACAUAGGCCCUAGAGCCACACACAGUUACUCAGACACACUCUCCGAUAGGAGAGACCUAUUUUGUCCCCAGAGAAGUCUCACGUCUCUCAAGCUGGUGUGGCACACAGUACAUUAUAGCAGCAUCAUAGUUACUGCAAAAUGAGUGCUUUCUUCACUCCAUCAACAAGUGUGGGUCUGUAACCCUGAGUCCUCUGUUGUCUGCAGAUGUUAUUUUCAUCCUUCUGAAAGCAUCACUAUAUAAUCUACUCACUGAUUGACUGUGAACACCAGUGCUUGUUUAGUCAGCAGCCUUUGUGACUUGACCUACUGGAAAAUGUGGAAGCGAAUGUGGUAGGAGAUAUCUGGAUCUGUCUUUAUCUACAUUGUAUGUAUGGAGUGUAUAAAACCUGUCUGAUAUCUAACUCCCCUGAAUACCUGCUCCCUAUCUGUGAUGUUCCAGAAUGAGGUGAUCAGCCAGCAGCUGUCACUGAUCUUCACCCAGUGCUAUGGGCCGUACCCCAUCCCCAAACUCGCCGAGAUCAAGAGGAAACAGACCUCACGCCUGGGUGAGCAGGAGAAGAAGGAUUACGUCUUAUUACUUAGUAGUAAAAGUUAGAUUUCUGCUAUGGAGCACUCCAUACAUAACACUGCACUGAUUCACAUCAGCAUAGACAAAUGUGCCAUUUAGUGGCCAAAGAUUGUAAUAAUAAUAAUAUUCCAUUUAGCAGACGCUUUUAUCCAAAGCGACUUACAGUCAUGUGUGCAUACAUUUUUUGUGUAUGGGUGGUCCCGGGGAUCGAACCCACUACCCUGGCGUUACAAGCGCCGUGCUCUACCAGCUGAGCUACAGAGGACCACAAUAAACUAGACAUUCAGAAGUGAGUUGCAAUAAAAUAGAUGAUGAAUCUGUCUGCCUUCCAGACCCUCACUUCCUAAACAACAAGGAGAUGUCAGAUGUGACCUUCCUGGUGGAGGGGAAGCCGUUCUACGCCCACAAAGUCCUGCUCUUCACUGCCUCCGGCAGGUCAGAACACUGCUCUCUCACACAUACAUACACUGGUGGACAUUUUAGUCAUUUAGCAGACGCUCUUAUCCAGAGUGAUUUACAGGAGCAAUUAGGGUUAAGUGCCUUGCUCAAGGGCACAUCGACAGAUUUUCCACCUAGUCGGCUCGGGGAUUAGAACCAGCGACCUUUCAGUUACUGGCACAACGCGCUCCUAACCACUAAGCUACCUGCCGCCCCAGAUUAAGCCUAGUCCUGGACUAAAACACACUUUCAAUGGAGAUUCUCCAUUCAGGAUUUCUAAUCUAGGAUGGUCUUUAACUGCAUCUGGGCAUAUUCCUACGUUGCCCCCUACUAGGGACUUGUGUAGAUCUGAAAUGAUUGGAUAAGGGUAAGAAAUAUGGUAUAAAUUCCACCUAAACUAUCUGAUGGCAAGUGAGGCCAACUACCCUUACAUAACUCCUUGACCCCAACUACCCUUACAUAACUCCUUGACCCCAACUACCCUUACAUAACUCCUGUUCCCAACUACCCUUACAUAACUCCUGUCCCCAACUACCCUUACAUAAUUCCUGUCCCCAACUACCCUUACAUAACUCCUGUUCCCAACUACCCUUACAUAACUCCUGUCCCCAACUACCCUUACAUAAUUCCUGUCACCAACUACCCUUACAUAACUCCUGUUCCCAACUACCCUUACAUAAUGCCUGUCCCCAACUACCCUUACAUAACUCCUAUCCCCAAAUACCCUUACAUAACCCCUAUCCCCAACUACCCUUACAUAACUCCUGUCUCCAACUACCCUUACAUAACUCCUAUCCCCAACCACCCUUACAUAACUCCUGUUCCCAACUACCCUUACAUAACUCCUGUCCCCAACUACCCUUACAUAACUCCUGUCCCCAACUACCCUUACAUAACUCCUGUCCCCAACUACCCAUACAUAACUCCUGUCCCCAACUACCCUUACAUAACUCCUGUCCAGAGGACACGUUCCUAGUGGCCGGGGAAUUUAAUGCAGGGAAACGUACAUCCGUUUUACCUAAUUUCUACCAGCAUGUUAAAUGUGCAAUCAGAGGAAAAAAAACUCUACACCACCUUUACUCCACAUACAGAGACGCGUACAAAGCUCUCCCUCACCAUCCAUUUGGCAAAUCUGACCAUAACUCUAUCCUCCUGAUUCCUGCUUACAAGCAAAACUGAAGCAGGAAGCACCGGUGACUCGGUCAAUAAAGUGGUCAGAUGACGCAGAUGCUAAGCUACAGGACUGUUUUGCUAGCACAGACUGGAAUAUGUUCCGGGAUUCUUCCGAAGGCAUUGAGGAGUACACCACAUCAGUCACUGGUUUCAUCAAUAAGUGCAUCGAUGUGCACAGUACGUAUAUACCCCAACCAGAAGCCAUGGAUUACAGGCAACAUCUGCACUGAGCUAAACGGGAGAGCUGCCGCUUUCAAGGAGCGGGACUCUAACCUGGACGCUUAUAAGAAAUCCCGCUAUGCCCUCCGACGAACCAUCAAACAGGCAAAGCGUCAAUACAGGACUAAGAUUGAAUCGUACUACAUUUUUUAAUUUUUUUGUCAUUUAGCAGACACUCUUAUCCAGAGCGACUUACAGGAGAAAUUAGGGUUAAGUGCCUUGCUCAAGGGCACAUCGACAGAUUUUUCUCCUAGUCGGCUUGGGGAUUAGAACCAGCGACCUUUCGGUUACUGGCACUACGCUCUUAACCACUAAGCUACCUGCCGCCCUACACCUGCCGUACUACACUGGCUCUGACGCUCGUCGGAUGUGGCAUGGCUUGCAAACUAUUACAGACUACAAAGGGAAGCACAGCCACGAGCUGCCCAGUGACACGAGCCUACCAGACGAGCUAAAUUACUUCUAUGCUCGCUUCAAGGCAAGCAACACUGAAGCAUGCAUGAGCGCAUCAGCUGUUCCGGACGACUGUGUGAUCACGCUUUCCGUAGCCAAUGUAAGUAAGACAGGUCAACAUUCACAAGGCCGCAGGGCCAGACGGAUUACCAGGAAAUGUACUCCGAGCAUGCGCUGACCAACUGGCAAGUGUCUUCAUUUACAUUUUCAACCUGUCCCUGACUGAGUUUGUAAUACCAACAUGUUUCAGGCAGACCACCACCAGGCUGGUCAUGGCUCACAUCAACACCAUUAUAAUAUUUUUUAUUUUCUUUGUCAUUUAGCAGACGCUUUUAUCCAGAGCGACUUACAGUUAGUGAGUGCAUACAUUUUUUCAUACUGGCCCCCCGUGGGAAACGAUUUCCACAACCCUGGCGUUGCAAGCGCCAUGCUCUACCAACUGAGCUACACCAACUGAGAAACCCUAGACCCACUCCAAUUUGCAUACCGCCCCAACAGAUCAACAGAUGACCCAAUCUCUAUUGCACUCCACACUGCCCUUUCCCACCUGGACAAAAGGAACACCUAUGUGAGAAUGCUAUUCAUUGACUACAGCUCAGCGUUCAACACCAUAGUGCCCUCAAAGCUCAUCACUAAGCUAAGGACCCUGGGACUAAACACCUCCCUCUGCAACUGGAUCCUGGACUUCCUGACGGGCCGCCCCCAGGUGGUAAGGGUAGGUAACAACACAUCUGCCACGCUGAUCCUCAACACGGGGGUCCCUCAGGGGUGCGUGCUCAGUCCCCUCCUGUACUCCCUGUUCACCCAUGACUGCAUGGCCAGGCACGACUCCAACACCAUCAUUAAGUUUGCCGACGGCACAACAGUGGUAGGCCUGAUCACCGAUAACGAUGAGUAAGCCUAUAGGGAGGAGGUCAGAGACCUGGCCGUGUGGUGCUAUGAUAACAACCUCUCCCUCAACGUGAUCAAGACAAAGGAGAUGAUUGUGGACUACAGGAAAAAUAGGACAGAGCACGCCCCCAUUCUCAUCGACGGGGCUGUAGUGGAGCAGGUUGAGAGCUUCAAGUUCCUUGGUGUCCACAUCACCAACAAACUAUCAUGGUCCAAACACACCAAGACAGUUGUGAAGAAGGCACGAGAAAGCCUAUUCCCCCUCAGGAGAUUGCAAAGAUUUGGCAUGGGUCCUCAGAUCCUCAAAAAGUUAUACAGCUGUACAAUCGAGAGCAUCCUGACUGGUUACAUCACUGCCUGGUAUGGCAACUGCUCGGCCUCCGACCGCAAGGCACUACAGAGGGUAGUGCGUACGGCCCAGUACAUCACUGGGGCCAAGCUUCCUGCCAUCCAGGACCUCUAUACCAGGCGGUGUCAGAGGAAGGCCCUAAAAAUUGUCAAAGACUCCAGCCACCCUAGUCAUUGACUUUUCUCUCUGCUACCGCACGGCAAGUGGUACCGGAGUGCCAAGUCUACGUCCAAAAGGCUUCUUAACAGCUUCUACCCCCAAGCCAUAAGACUCCUGAACAGCUAAUGAAAUGGCUACCCGGACUACCCGGACUAUUUGCAUUGUCCCCCCCCCCCCCCCCCCUUUUACACUCUGUUUGUUAUCUAUGCAUAGUCACUUUAACUCUACCUACAUGUACAUAUAUUACCUCAAUUACCUCGACUAACCAGUGCCCCCGCACAUUUACUCUGUACUGGUACCCCCUGUAUAUAGCCUGGCUACUGUUAUUUUACUGCUGCUGAUUAUUUGAUAUUUUUAUUUUUUAGUUAUCUAUUUUUUACUUAACACUUAUUUUCUUAAAACUGCAUUGUUGGUUAAGGGCUUGUAAGUAAGCAUUUCACUGUAAGGUCUACACCUCUUGUAUUCGGCGCAUGUGACAAAUACAAUUUGAUUUGAUUUGAUGUGCGGCAGGACCAAAUCGGAGAGAUAGAUAGGAGCAAGUCCAAGCAAUGCUUUGUAGGUUAGCAGUAAAACCUUGAAAUCAGCCCAAGCCUUAACAGGAAGCCAGUGUAGAGUAAUAUGAUCGACAUUUUGGGUUGUAGUCAAGCUCUAGCAGCUGUAUUUCGCACUAACUGAAGUUUAUUUAGUGAUUUAUCCGGGUAGCCGGAGAGUAGAGCAAUGCAGUAGUCUAAUCUAGAAGUGACAAAAGCAUGGAUUAGCUUUUCUGCAUAAUUUUUGGACAAAAGGUUUCAGAUUUUUGCAACAUUACGAAGAUGGAAAAAAGCUGCCCUUGAAAUAUUCGAACUAUGUUCGUCAAAAGAGAGAUCAGGGUUCAGAGUAACGCCGAGGUCCUUCACAGUUUUAUUUGAGACAACUGUACAACCAUCAAGAUUGAUUGUCAGAUCAAACAGCAGAUCUCUUUGUUUAUUGGGACCUAGAACUAGCAUCUCUGUUUUGUCUGAGUUUUAAAGUAAUACAUGUUCCGCCAUCCACCUCCUUAUGUCUGAAACACAGACUUCCAGGGUAGGCAAUUUUGGCGCUUCACCACGUUUCAUCGAAAUGUACAGCUGUGUGUCGUCCGCAUAGCAGUGAAAGUUGACAUUGUGUUUCCGAAUGACGUCACCAAAAGGUAGAAUAUAUAGUGAAAACAAUAGUGGUCCUAAAACGGAACCUUGAGGAACGCCGAAACUUACCAUUAAUUUAUCAGAAGACAAAUCUCCAACUACCCUUACAUAACUAGUUAGCGAUUGCACAUCGGCUACACAAUGAUGAAACAUAUGACUAACUGCAGAAAGGUGUGGAGACUGUGUCCAUAUUUGCUGUGCGUUGAUACAUAAUGCCAUUUUCUCUGGCCCUUGGUACCCUAAGAAUACUCUCACUUCAGAGUCUGUCACAUGGUAUUGAGGAUGACUGGCCACACAAUGAGUGAGGGCUUGUCACAAGAUGGUGGAUGUCCUUAACAAGUCUUUGUUGACGUGUUCUGUAGAGAGGUGGUGUGUGUCAAGGGCCUUGUAAAAACCAGUUUAAAUGGAUAUGAACCAUUACCUUCUCUGUACCGUAAAAUACGUUGUAUGACAGUGAUUACGGUGUUCAUUGGUAGAGUGUAAAGACCGUAAGUGAAAAGAUGAAGGUUAAAUCAAGGUUUAUUACGGUGAUUUUAACCGUGGACAAUUUUCUAAUUCCUCAUGUUCUCUAUCUCUUUUUUAUUCUCUCUCUGUCUUUCUUUCUCUCUGCUUAAGGUUUAAGUCUCUACUGGCGAACAGACCAGCUGCUGAAAACACAUGUAUUGAAAUCAGCCACGUCAAAUACAACAUAUUCCUGGUGCGUUCAUAGAGAAAACAACUAUUCUGUUAACUUAGACAUAUGUUUUUCCCUUGCAAUCUAAUCAAAUCUAUACAUGAAUCAGACAACGGUGUGAUAAAUUCUCAAAGGGAAUGUUCAUACAAAAAAAUACCCAGAUUCUUUCCCAUGAGAGUGUAAAUCCAUUGGUAGGUUUGUUGUGUUUUGUGAACGUUGUGUAAAUGUCAGUUCAUCUGUACUGUUACAGCUGGUGAUGCAAUACCUCUACUGUGGUGGGACAGAGCAUCUGCACAUCAGAAACACAGAGGUUAUGGAGGUAAGACUGUUAGUCCAUUUGCCACGUUGUCAGUCGAGUCAUGUUUUCUAAGAUGCAAUAAGACUUGGACCAAUAUAAAUAGAUGCAUCAGUGUACAUACCAAGACAAUUUAGAUACUUCCUGAUACAAGAGGGUGUGCAGUCCCAGUUAGUGAGGAGCAGUAUUACAGUCCAACAACAUGUCAUACUUAACCAUAAUAGGGUCAUUUUACUAGCCUGGUGACUGGUCCGAGAGCUGUGUCAUUGUGACCAUACAGUAGGAUAAGGCAGCCUAAACAGAUCUGGUACCAGGCUGUAAUUAUCCUCUUUUCUGGUGUGUGUAGCUGCUGUCAGCGGCCAAGUUCUUCCAGCUGGAGGCGCUGCAGAGGCACUGUGAGAUUAUCUGCUCUAAGAACAUCAACACAGAAACCUGUGUGGAGAUCUACAGCCACACCAAGGUGAGUUAAGAAUGUGUGUAUACAGUUGAAGUCGGAAGUUUACAUACACCUUAGCUAAAUACAUUUAAACUCAGUUUUUCACAAUUCCUGACAUUUAAUCAUAGUAGAAAUUCCCUGUUUUAGGUCAGUUAGGAUCACCACUUUAUUUUAAGAAUGUGAAAUGUCAGAAUAAUAGUAGAGAUAAUUAUUUAUUUCAGCUUUUAUUUAUUUCAGCACAUUCCCAGUGGGUCAGAAGUUUACAUACACUAAAUUAGUAUUUGGUAGCAUUGCCUUUAAAUUGUUUAACUUGGGUCAAACGUUUCGGGUAGCCUUCCACAAGCUUCCCACAAUAAAUUGGGUUAAUUUUGGCCCAUUCCUCCUGACAGAGCUGGUGUAACUGAGUCAGGUUUGUAGGCCUCCUUGCUCUCACACGCUUUUUCAGUUCUGCCCACAAAUGUUCUAUAGGAUUGAGGUCAGGGCUUUGUGAUGGCCACUCCAAUACCUUAACUUUGUUGUCCUUAAGCCAUUUUGCCACAACUUUGGAAGUAUGCUUGGGGUCAUUGUCCAUUUGGAAGACCCAUUUGCGACCAAUCUUUAACUUCUUGAGACGUUGCUUCAAUAUAUCCACAUAAUUUUCCUACCUCAUGAUGCCAUCUAUUUUGUGAAGUGCACCAGUCCCUCCUGCAGCAAAGCACCCCCACAGCAUGAUGCUGCCACCCCCGUGCUUCACGGUUGGGAUGGUGUUCUUCGGCUUGUAAGGUCCCCCUUUUUCCUCCAAACAUAACGAUGGUCAUUAUGGCCAAACAGUUCUAUUUUUGUUUCAUCAGACCAGAGGACAUUUCUCCAAAAAGUACGAUCUUUGUCCCCAUGUGCAGUUGCAAACCGUAGUCUGGCUUUUUUAUGGCGGUUUUGGAGCAGUGGCUUCUUCCUUGCUGAGCGGCCUUUCAGGUUAUGUCGAUAUAGGACUUGUUUUACUGUUGAUAUAGAUACUUUUGUACCUGUUUCCUCCAGCAUCUUCACAAGGUCCUUUGCUGUUGUUCUGGGAUUGAUUUGCACUUUUCACACCAAAGUACGUUCAUCUCUAGGAGACAGAACGCGUCGCCUUCCUGAGCGGUAUGACGGCUGUGUGGUCCCAUGGUGUUUAUACUUGCGUAGUAUUGUUUGUACAGAUGAACGUGGUACCUUCAGGCAUUUGGAAAUUGCUCCCAAGGAUGAACCAGACUUGUGGAGGUCUACAAUUUUUGGGCUGAUUUCUUUUGAUUUUCCCAUGAUGUCAAGCAAAGAGGCACUGAGUUUGAAGGUAGGCCUGAAAUACAUCCACAGGUACACCUCCAAUUGACUCAAAUGAUGUCAGUUAACCUAUCAGAAGCUUCUAAACCCAUGACAUCAUUUUCUGGAAUUUUCCAAGCUGUUUAAAGGCACAGUCAACUUAGUUUAUGUAAACUUCUGACCCACUGGAAUUGUGAUACAGUGAAUUAUAAGUGGAAUAAUCUGUCUGUAAACGAUUGUUGGAAAAAUUACUUGUGUCAUGCACAAAGUAGAUGUCCUAACAGACUUGCCAAAACUAUAGUUUGUUAACAAGACAUUUGUGGAGUGGUUGAAAAACGAGUUUUAAUGACUCCAACCUAAGUGUAUGUAAACUUCCGACUUCAACUGUAUGUGUGUGGGUGGGUGUGGGGGUCUGCUUGUGUUUUACAUUUACAUUUACAUUUACAUCAUUUAGCAGACACUCUUAUCCAGAGCGACUUACACAUUGGUGCAUUCAACUUAUGAUAGCCAGUGGGACAACCACUUUUUAUUUAUUUAAUUUUUUUAUGGGGGGGUGGGGGGGGGGGUAGAAGGAUUACUUUAUACUAUUCCAGGUAUUCCUUAAAGAGGUAGGGUAUGUCUACUCUCUAUUCAUGCACGUGUGUAUGAGGCCAUACAUUUACAUUUACAUUUUAGUCAUUUAGCAGACGCUCUUAUCCAGAGCGACUUACAGGAGCAAUUAGGGUUAAGUGCCUUGCUCAAGGGCACAUUUACGUCAUUUAGCAGACGCUCUAGUCCAGAGCGACUCACAAAUUGAUGCAUUCACCCUAUAGCCAGUGGGAUAACCACUUAACAAUUUUUUUUUUGGGGGGGGGGGGGGGGGGGGUAGAAGGAUUACUUUAUCCUAUCCCAGGUAUUCCUUAAAGAGGUGGGGUUUCAAAUGUCUCCGGAAGGUGGUGAGGUUUGUGUGUGUGUGAUCACGUGUAAACAUAUUUGCCUGUGCUUGCCUUCCUGCUAGGUGUCUGUGCCAUUUGCAGUAUGCACUGAAGGCAUGCAUGCAAAUAAAUAAAACAUGUUUGAUACACAGAUUCUUAAGUAGGUGUCUCCAUAAUGAGUUUGUGCAGCACUGAUGAGGGCAUAGAAGCCGAAACAUAUGCUCCUUUUUUUUGUUUUUAUAGCACCUUGCACUUUAACCUUUUGUACUCUUUCGAGCAUGGAUUAAAUUAAGUAUAUUAUUUUUGCAUCUCUGCUUCCUUGGGUUAUUCCUUUGUCAUGGUUUGAGUGUGAGUACCUUUUGAACUCUACUGAUACACAGAUUCCCUACGCAGUGUGUGUGCGUGCUUGCUCGCGUGCGUGUGUGAACAAAAAUGUAUAGGUUUGGCAUCCAUCUCAAGCUAGACAACACUCAUCUGUUCUCAAACCUUCUGCUCCAUCAGUUCCUGGAUGUCCCAGAUUUGGCUGUCUACAUCGAGGGCUACUUCCUGAAAAACAUGGUGGUGCUGAUCGAGCUGGAGCCCUUCAAAACACUGCUGUACGACACGCCCCCAGACAGUCCCUCCACCGAUGUACUCCUGGACCUGGAGAAGACCCUAGGCAUCCGCAUCCAGUCCAUCCACCUGUCCUCCUCCAAGGGCUCCAUCGUCUGA